CACGAGUAGAACUUGAACUUACUUCAACAGAGUCAGACCGACUUCAACAACAGCGACGACUCGUGGCUCUCUUCCAACUUCAUAAACAGAUCGAAAUUGAACUGUCAUGGAGCCUACAAAUCUUUCCAAAGUGGACGAGGAGAGGGCCCGCCAGAUGAAGCGUGCAAAGCUCAAGGAACUUAACCUGGGUCUAGAUAGCCAAGAAUCUUCAAAGCUAGACUCGUCACUCAAGAGGCAUACCGCUCUUAUCAAACGAAUGCGCCAGUCUAUUGGAACCGAGAACCAUGAUCAUAUUCUCAAAGACAUCGAUUCUCUAUCUCUAGAGAAGUACGUGGACGAAAUAGCAGGCGCUGCUGUGGAGGGAAUCGGAAGAUGUAAAAGUGAAAAGGACGUGUGGAGCGCUGUAGAGAUUAUAUCUUCAUUACAUCGACGUUUCUCAACCAGUUUCACUCCGGUCCUCAUAAGCUCCCUAUCUGCUGUCCUUAGCCCACCCUCCCGCUCCCAGUUGGCGGCUUUGCCACAAGAACAGCGUGAAAAAGAGGAUGCAACCCGUGUUGCGCGCCAACGGCCUGUCCUUCGAGUGUGUUCUGAAUUAGCAUUAGUCGGAAUCAUCAGAGACGCACCUAGUAGAAGUGGCGGAGAAUGGGUUAUGAAAGUCCUGAAGGAACUGUUGUCGAAUGACCCUUCCUUGUCAUCGCUACCCUUAUUGUCCACUUUUCUCAAGUCAUAUUCUCGUCCUUUUCUCGGUCUGGUGCCUCCGCAAGCCAAACAAAUCCCAGUGAAUGCGGAGCCAGGCACCUUGUCAGCUGCCUCUACAAACGAUGUUCAAGCAUCAUUCCCCCCUAUAAUUAAAGAAGAAGAAGAAUUGAUUGAGCAAGACUUAAGGGAUCGCAUAAAGCGCAUGUGCGAGGGCUAUUUUGAAAUUGUCUGUAAGAAGCUUGUAAUUGAACAUAAGCGCUUGCAAGAACAAGAUCGAAGGAACCAUGAAGCAUACAUUCGCUCUGGCGAGAUAUUUGAAGAUAGACAACAAGCAUAUGAGAAGAUGACGAAAGGAUACGAGAAAUUGCUUGCGAGCUGUCAAACGCUUUCUGAACUGUUGUACCAACCUCUUCCUUCUCUUCCAACCAUCUCUCAGAAGUCGGAUUCCAUUCAGAUCGGAACAAGUAAUGGUAUGGGCUUAGGUGACGAAUCAGAAGAUGUUUUGAUGGUUUCUGGUGGGAAAUGGGAGGAUGAAGAGGAGCGGAGAUUCUUUGAAGACAUCCAAGAUUUGAAGGAUUUCGUACCUAAAAGUGUUUUGGGUAUUGACUCUGAGGAAGUAGGUGAUAAAGAUGUCGAUGAAGAAAAAGAGAGGAUAGAAAAAGAAAAGGUCGAGGUAGAAGUGAAAAAGCUAGAAGAGGAGUUGGAGGGGCUCAAGCUGAAUGGUCAGAAUGGAGACACAAGCAUAUCGAGACCAGAAGAAAUACCUGAAGAUGAUGAGCAGAAUGCAGGGACUGCGACGCCUACAUCUCCCAAGCCUUCAAGCCCACCUUUAUCGCCACAACUAGCUCUUCAGGGGUCUGCCCAGCUUCUGACAGCUUUGCUUACCCGUCUUCCGGAUACCACCAAUCGGGCAUUGGUUGAUCAAGCCGCAAUUGACUUUGCCUUUCUCAACACUAAGGCAGCAAGGAAGAGAUUAGUCAAGUUUUUGGCAUCCGUUCAGAAGAAUCGCACAGAUUUGCUACCGCAUUACUCGAGAUUUGUGGCAACAUUGAAUAAAUAUAUGCCAGAUAUUGGCACAGAGCUCGUCGGUUUGCUUGACGAAGAAUUUCGAUAUUUGCAAAGGAAGAAGAACGUGGUGAAAGAACUUGCAGAAGUUAGGAACAAAAAUAUAACUUAUUUGUCAAAUCUCACGAAAUUUCGUGUCGUGCCUUCCCACCUUAUAUUGCACAUCUUCAAAGUCUGCCUGGAUGACUUUUCAGGUACAAAUGUUGACAAUAUCGCGCUGUUACUCGAAGGUUGUGGUCGGUUUUUGUUGAGAAGCGAAGAGACACGAGAAAGGUUUGCGACUAUGUUGGAGCUCAUGAGACGUAAACAAAGCAUGCAGCAUUUUGAUCAGAGACAGAUUCUUUUGCUCGAGAAUGCCUAUUACCAGUGCAACCCCCCUGAACGAGCCCCUCGCCAGGAAAAAGAACGAAUGCCGCUUGAGCUUUUCAUUCGUCAUCUCAUCUAUGACGUUCUUACUAAGAAGACAAUCGACAAAGUCCUGAAACUCAUUCGGAAGCUAGACUGGGAAGACCAAACGAUCCGUCGCACGCUACAUAAAGUGUUCACGAAACCCUGGAAGAUCAAGUACAGCAACGUCAGUCUGCUUGCAAUGUUGACGUACGAUCUGCAACGCUAUCACCCCUCGUUUGCGAUCGCCGUCGUAGAUCAAGUCCUUGAGGAUAUCCGUAGAGGCCUCGAGCAAAAUGUAUACAGUACAAACCAGCGUCGAUUGGCUACCAUGAAAUACUUGGGAGAGCUGUAUAUAUAUCGCCUCAUUGGCUCAAGCCUCGUCUUUGACACUCUUUGGUCCCUAGUGACCUUUGGACAUGCCGAUGGUCGUCCACUACCUCAUCAGCCUUCUCCGUUGGACAUGCCGGACGAUUUCUUUAGAAUUCGGCUUGUCUGUGUGUUGCUCGACACGGUUGGCAUGUGCUUCGACCGCGGGACCCAAAAAAGGAAGCUAGAUGGAUUUUUAACCUUUUUCCAAUAUUAUGUGCUUUGUAAAGAGGAAAUCCCUAUGGAUGUGGACUUUAUGCUAUCCGAUUCGAUGGAGGCUGUUCGACCAAAGUUGGCGUCAUUCAAGACUAUCGAGGAUGCUGCCACUGCUGUCGAUGAAAUGUUCAGUCAGGCUAUGCAAAAUGCUGGCUUGGCACCAGGAGAAGAUAGCGGCGAAGACAGCGAGGAUGAAAACGGACGACCUCAAGGGCAGGAUGAUGAUGAAGAAGACACCGCUCAAGAGUCCUCGAACGAAGACCGUGCUCCGUCACCUGAGCCAGUCAUCGUUCUCUCUAACCAGGAGAAUCUUGGCCCAUCAGAGGAGGCAGAUGCGGAGUUUGCAAAGGAGCUCGCUAAAAUGGUUACAGACUCCUCAACUGAAUCAAGAAAGGUUGACAAGAAGACUGCUUUGUCAUUGUGGGAAUCCGCUGUUUUACCUCCCGGUGCACGCAAGAAGCGCGCGGAGGAUGACACCGACGGAGAUGCGGAUGCGGAUGGGACCGAGGGUCAACCUGUCAUGAAUUUCACGAUCAUCACGAAACGGGGCAACAAACAGCAGGCUCGUCAACUUCGAAUUCCAGCCGAAUCUGCUCUUGCUGUUCAUACACGUUCUGCUCAGCUGCAAGACAAAGUAGAGCAGCAGCAUCUCAAGCGCCUUGUUUUGAAUUAUGAGCAACGAGAAGAAGCCGAGGAACUAAAAGCUCUGGAAACUCGGAAUCGGGCAGGGGCUAUCAAGAUUCGCUAUGUUGGCUGACCGAAAAGUUUUUAUUUGCGACCUGCAUCAAUCACGCGAUAACUUGAGCCAAAUCGCGCCGUCAUCUUGGAUGGUGCUGACCCAACAUGGGCGCUAUGUCUGCCUCUACGGCCGACUUGGUAUACAUGCCGAUUGCUAUAGUCGAUAGUCGGCGUAAGUAUUUCCUCGAGCGUCAUAUAUCGACCUCGGGUUGUUGCUGAUACAUCCAGGCGGAUACUCAAUUACUAGGAGAAGCCCAUUCUGUAUAUGUUCCAAUGCCUUGCCUGUCUUGUUUGCACUGAAAUGUCCUGCUGCAUUACAUAGCUCAUUAAAUCCAUCCUAUAAACCAAUUUAGAG